UCGUAAUAAAUAAAGUUGACAACCCUGGCCAAAGUACCAUAUAUCUGUAGGAAUUUAACUUCAGGAUACAGUACAAAAUUGUUCAGUAUCCUCUGCGAUCUCGACCUAGCUUCUCUACCUUGUGAUCUCAAAUUAAAUCAAAAACAUGUCUCUCGACGAGCAAUUCUCCAAAGUCGCCACCUCCGUCAGGAACUGGAAGACCACCCCCAGCAAUGACGAGAACCUCGCCUUGUACUCCCUGUACAAGCAGGCUACCAUCGGAGACGUUAACAUCGCUGAGCCCAGCGGCAUGGUAGAGAACGCCAAGUUCAAGGCGUGGAGCGGCCGCAAGGGAAUCUCUCAGGAUGAUGCCAAGAAGCAGUACAUCGAGUUGGCCGAGAAACUAGCCCCUAAAUUCGCAUAAAUAUUUGUUUAAGGAUUAUGUCUUAAUUUUUAUUUAUUUUCAAUAAACGCUUCUUAUUUAAAACAA